ACCACUCGCUAGGGGCCAGAGCAGAUGCAUUUUACCGAAUAUAAGAUUUCUUGUUACGCUUUUAUUGCUCAACAAUUUCAUUUGUGGCUAUAACGCUGGAACCGAGAAACAAUCAACAAAUAUAAUCAAGACUUAUAAUUUAACUACAGAAUGGACCAAACGGUUCCAAUUGCAGAACACAGACAAGAAGUAAGUCCUAAAGAUAAAGAUGACAUCAUAAGCCCAGAGAUCCGACAACCUGUGGCUCCAAUUAACACAUCAGACCAAUCAGUCAUAGGUGACCAGCACACUGACCAACAUGGUGACAAGAUUAAAAACCCAAACAAGGACAAAAUUCCCGCUAGUCGUGAUGGCCAGCAUGACAACCAGUAUGCUGGUCAAUACAAUGGCCGAAAUGACCAGUCUAGUAACAACAACGAGGCCAAGGGCUGCGAUGAUCACCAUGAAGAUAGACUAAAGCACCAUGACCACCGCCACUACCCAAAAGGCGACGAUAACCUAGCAUACAUAACCGACACCGAACCACCACCAAAAUAUUGCGACCUGCGAACCAACACGUCACAAGAUUCAACUUCCGGUAACGUGUACACCCCGCCUCUGGUUGGUCAAGCUCCCCCAUCAGGCGCAACCAAUCAGGAGGAAAUACUUCUUCAAGAUUUAACUUACACUAACCCUAUGUGGUGUAAAAUCCCAAGGUCCAAGUCUCAGGCGAAUACAUCCAUGGCCCAGCCUGCUUAUGUGGCCCCACCUCAGACCACUACAUACAUGGCCCAGCCUGCUUAUGUGGCCCCACAUCAGAUGAGUACUUCAACGGCCCAGCAUGUUUAUGUGGCCCCACCUCAGACCAAUAUAUACACGACCCAGCCUGCUUAUGUGCCCCCACUCAUCCAGGAACCUGCUCAACAUGUGCCAGACUACGUAUGCUUGAGCGUUGGCGUCCUAUUAUGCUGCUGUCUACCCUUUGGUAUCAUUGGCCUCGUCUUCUCAAUAAAUGCUAACAGAAUGAGAGGUGAAAAGAAGUAUCAAGCAGCCAAGCAAGCUGCAAGCAAAGCCCGGACUUUCAACAUUAUCGGCAUCGUCUUGGGCAUCAUUUUUACUAUCUUCUACAUUCUAUCAGGGAUCUUAAGAUUGUAGGUUACGGGAUAGUUGUGAUGGGGCUGGUCAUUGGCUAAAUAAGAAGAUGUCGUGAUGAUGGUCAUUGGCUAAAUACGAAGAUGUCGUGAUGAUGGUCAUUGGCUAAAUAAUGAGAAGUCGUGGUGAUGGUCAUUGGCUAAAUAAGAAGAUGUCGUGAUGAUGGUCAUUGGCUAAAUAAGAAAGAAUAAUGGGCUGCUUCAAUGUAUAUUUUAAAAUUGUUUCAAUUUAUUUUUAAAAUCUGUGUUUAGAUUCAGUCUUUCACAUCAGCGGUUGAUAUUUUACUGUUUUCUGUGAACAUAUAACAUGCCAGUUAUCAUUU